UCAUCCACCCACAUGAUCAACAGUAUGAAAUCUGAAGCAAAUGAUCAGGAUUUAGAAUCAGAUUUGAGAAGAGGACCAUGGACUGUUGAAGAAGACAUAACUCUUAUGGAUUUCAUUACCAAACAUGGUGAAGGCCGCUGGAAUUCACUCGCUCGUUCUGCAGGUCUGAAAAGGAAUGGAAAGAGUUGUAGACUAAGAUGGCUCAACUAUUUGCGCCCAGACGUGCGUCGUGGGAACAUUACACUUGAGGAGCAACUCCUUAUUCUCGAGCUCCAUUCUCGAUGGGGAAAUCGAUGGUCAAAAAUUGCUCAGUACUUGCCGGGUAGAACCGAUAAUGAGAUUAAGAAUUAUUGGAGAACUCGAGUGCAAAAACACGCGAAACAACUCAAUUGUGAUGUGAACAGCAAUAAGUUUAAGGACACAAUGAGAUACCUUUGGAUGCCAAGGCUCGCAGAGAGAAUCCAAGCCCAGGCUAUUAAUAAUACAAACAAAUUCUCUAGCAUCAACAUGAAUUAUGAAAACACCAAUAUUGGCAUGCCUUCUAUUGGCAUGCAAGCCAAUUCGGUUACUACGGCAUCCUCUGAAUCGUUUGAGUCGAACCAGGUUUCUGAUCUUACUGAUAAUUACUACAAUAAUUAUCCGCUUAACGAUUCGAUCUUUAAUUAUUCGUGUAACGAGGAUCGUGUCGAGAACUAUCAGGGCUCCUUAGUUAGUCCCUCCGAUAAUCUCAACAAUGGGCUAGAUUUCCAUGCAACGGACAACAACCAAUGGUUCGAUCAAUUAGGGGAUACAUCGGACAAUAUUUUCUGGAAUGUUGAAGACAAUUGGUUUCUCAUGUAAAAUCGAAAUAAAGAAUGAAAAAAAUUAUAGGAUUUUUAUUUUACUAGAUGAAAUUUUGUUGGUUCUAUUUUGUAGUCUCAUUCUUUGAAUAUUAAACCUUUAUUUUAUGGUA